CGGAGGCGCGGUCGCAGCGCUCCCGGGCCGCGGCCGAGCGGCAUCGGAGCAGGGCUGCGCCGCCUUUCCCGGCCCCGCGCCCCUCUCCAGACGCCGGGAGCGGCCGCGUGCCGGAAAAUGCCGCCGGGGCGGCGGAGCGGGGCCCUGGCUCUGCCCGCCCCUCCUGGCGCCCUCCCUGGAAUGGUUCGAGGCAUUAUGGGGUUAUUGAGAUCCUGCUGAAGCUGAGGACAAAGCCCUACCCCUACACGGACAAGGCAGCAGACCUGGUUCAGGAAGGCAGCGUGCUCCAGGUUGCUACAGGACUCGGAUCAAACAUCAGCAUCCCCGUCUCUCACAUUGAUGAUGUCGUGGAUAUGCUGGCUGUUCUGAUGGAGGGCAGUGAUGGCUUAGAUGAAGGAAUUGGGUUCUCUUUGAAUGAAGAUAUGAUUAUCCAAACAUUUCCCUUUAGUGCUGUUGUCCCUGCUGCAUUAGAAGCCAGGAAUAUGCUGUUGCUUCAGUCUGAAAACAGAACAGGAGCAGAUGAUGUGGAGUACCUUGGUGCUGUUUUCACUGGCCUCCUGCACUCUCUGAGAGAACCCCUUGCUCCCUGCUUGACGUUGCAGCUCUGUGACAAAGAUCCCGAGUCCCUGAAAGCUGCUAAGUAUCCUCAGCUCUACCAGUUUAACCGAUACUAUAGACUCUGGAUGCCCAAGCAGUCCCAGGAACCUGUGGUAUGGAAUCCCUGAAGUCACUGAAUUCUUGAGCCAGCAUUCCUAUAAAAUCCUCGCAGUCGACAUAGGUUACAUUUCCAUCAGAAACAGCGUUUUUAUUGAGGAGUUUGAAAACCACAAGGAGGUAAGCCAAGGGCCUCCUGUGGCACCGGAUUCUGAAUUUGCCACUUUGCUGAAGGGAGCCUGGGCGAGAGGAAGCAGUACCUUCCUGGAAGAUGGUGUUCAGACAAAGUGGAGAGACUUGGCUUCCCGGCUCCCCCCACCUGAGCAGCUUUUGUUGGGAGUAAAGCACGUGCUGCUGUACCCGAAAUCCACAGUGGAGAACUUCAGCAGAUAAUACUGUAGUUAUGCUUUGUUUACUUUAUGGCACAAAUUACAAAUGACUUGGCUGCUAAAACUUAGGUUCUAGCGCUGUAGCUCUUUUUCCUCGACUCGGCUCCAAGGGUACGCAGCACCAUACAAAACUGCACCUAAUUUGUAAACAAACGUCAGUUGUUCUGAUUAUUGAAGCCGGGCUUUAUUCAGUUGUAUUUCGAGUGUGUGCUGCGCCCAGGUCCUUUGUACAAAUAGGGUACAGAGGGUGGGGGAACCAGAACUGCACAUUCCUUGUGAUAUGUAUGGGAUUUUGGGGAGGUUAAAUAAAAAGGAGAUGCAAAAUGAGGGAA